UGGCACAGACGAAAAAAAAAUUGUGAAUUUUCUAGGACCAGCAGCAAUAGGUGUUUUUGUGGAAAAUAAUCGGAAAAUAAUUUUCUUGAGCUUACCAUGGCAGCGGAGGAGACGAAUCCCUUCGCCGCGUUACUAAACGAGCCGGAAGGGCAAAGUGGCUUCAAUCAAGAGUUGCUAGAACGCAUUCUCCUCUUUACAUUGCGUAUAAGCGGAGUAUACAGUACAAGUGGACGCGCACUCAUAUCCAUGGCUGAUACAAUCGUAACCACAGAUGAUACAUCAACAGUGAGUGAGGAGUUGUUGGCUCACGCUAUAUUUGAACGAUUAAUGCUCCAAAAUCCUCAAGAACACUUGGUUGCAUCCAGCACAAGCGUCGCUGAUGAUGACGCAGCUUUGGAAACGCGAGUAAUUUGUUAUCUGCACCGAGCGUUUAUUACUUGCGAACAAACAAAGAAUGAGUUACCUGAACAAAAGGAAGCUUGCGAAAGGAUAAGAAAACUUAUACUGACCAAUGCGAGUACUUGUACACGUCAGCCUGAAUUGUUCACAAAUCAGAGCUUGUCAACUCAAUGGUUGAGUGUUCUGGAACAAUCUGAUCCAUCAGAUGUGACAACACAAGAGUUUUUUGUACAAACUGUUAUCAAAGUAAUGGCUGAAGAUGAUCAACUUGAAGCGCUGGGCGCAUUAAAGGCCAUUUUUUACCCGAUGUUGGCUGAGGUGCAAAAGCAGUUGACUAAUGUCAAUCUAAUAACAAUCAAGAAACUCACCUUUUGGACGCUAGGUUAUUUCGUACACGACAAGCGGGUUCCACAGUUGGGUGAAGUGUUAAUUGACUACACUACACCCAAUCCAAACGCCAAGGGUAGUGAAUAUAUGGACACUUUAUUGGGACAGUUGCUUUGCCUCUCCAUUAUGCCUAGAAAAUCCAAUGGACCCUUUGAAUUCUUCGCAGAUAUUAGUUUGGAGAACCAACAUUCUGACCCGUCACUAUGGCAACUUAUGGCCAUACAUCAGGAUGCUGUGUUUGCGCUCGUCAAGCAGUUGUUGGUCUUGAGUCCAACUACUAAAAAGAAAACUUUGCAGUGGAUUGCCAAUUGCUUGCAUGCGAAUACCUCACGUGGCCAUUUAUGGAGUAAUAUUAAUUUACCAUUUGAACAGGUUAUUAAUCAAAACGCUAGUGAUUCGUUUAUGAUUGGUUUAACAGCUGUGCUACUACGUCUUUGCACGCCAUUGUGUGAGCCCACAAUGAAGGUAUUACUAGUCGAUCCAACAUAUUGCGCUGUUACCGAUGAAGAUCGUCAAGCCAAACAAGUGAGCAUGUUGAAAGCCACAGAAGAGACGUGCCUCUUGCCUACCGAUGAGAAUGAGACCCGUCUUGUUGCUGAAAAAUUUAACUUCGUUACGGAAAUAUUCUAUAUGACACAUAAGGCAUUCGAACUAGGCUAUGCAGCAUGCAUUGAACGAUAUACACGCAUGACUCGUGAGCUACAUAAUUUGCAAACCGCUUAUCAUGAUGUUGCCCAAAGCCACCCCAACAAUGCUUUAGCCAAAAAUUUAUUGCGUAUGCUGAAAGAGCAAAUGCAACAAUAUUUAUGUAUGCGCAACGGACUAAUGGAACCGUCAAAUGAUACGCACAUACUUAAAUUUUUCGAAGCUUCCGCCAUUUGGCUAACUGAAAUUGCAAUGGUUACCAAGGAGGAGUUUCAGGUUGCCACCACUAAGGAAGACUUUGCACCGCACACGCUUAAGCAAAGGCGAAUACCCGACAAAUGUGAAUUCGUACCGCCAUAUUUGAAAUCGGUGCCAGAAAAUGUUAUCGACAAUGUGGUUGCCUAUUUAAGUUUUAGCCGACACUUUCCACCCGGUCAAUUCAUCGAGUUGUAUCAUUCGUCACACGAUGCUCUAUUCAAGAUGAUCGUUUUAUUUAUGGGUAGCGCAGAACUUGUUAAAAAUCCACAUUUGCGCGCCAAGCUUGCUGAGGCAUUGGAAUUUCUGUUACCUAAAAAAAUUUCUGGCAGUAUCCGUAAUUCUUUCAUAACACAUGUGUUCGACAACAAUGUGGAUCGUUUGAAGGUGGUGCCUAGUUUGCUGAAUGUGUUCGUAAGCAUCGAAAUGACCGGACAGUCUGUGCAAUUCGAACAAAAAUUCAAUUAUCGUCGUCCCAUGUAUGCCAUUAUGGAGUACUUAUGGAGCAAAGAGGAGCAUGUACAAUGUUUCAAAAAUUUGGCUAUUGAAGCAGAGCAAAAUAUGGAGGCUAUUGAACCACCACUUUUCCUCAGAUUCAUUAAUUUACUAAUUAAUGACGCUAUAUUUUUAUUGGAUGAAUCCCUUUCAAAUUUGGAGCAAAUACGCCAACUUCAAGAGGCACAGGCGCGUGGGGAAUGGAAUGCUCUCUCACAAAACGAUCGCCAACAACAGUUGUCCAGUCUGCAUCAAUUAGGCAUGAGAGCCCGCAUAGACAACAUACUUGGUCGCGAUACCAUUAACAUUCUAAAAUUGCUAACAAUAGAAAUUAAAAGUAUUUUUUGCCAUAACAGCAUGGUGGAUCGUAUUGCCGCCAUGUUAAAUUAUUUUCUCUUGAAUUUAGUCGGACCGCAAAAGGAACGCUUCAAGGUGAAAGAUAAGAAGGAAUUUGAGUUCGAUCCUGCGCAAACGGUAUUGGAAAUCUGUCGCAUCUAUAUCAAUCUGAGUACCAGUGAGCAAUUUUGCUUAGCCGUAUCGCAAGAUGGCCGUUCUUAUAGCUCGCAACUAUUUAGUUAUGCUGAAAAUAUACUCGUACGUAUUGGUGGCGGCCAACUGAUCGGUGAAAUAACUGACUUUGCUGCCAAAGUACUACGCAUGGAAGUGCAAUAUCGUGAAGAGCAGGAAUUCUUAGCUGAUGCACCCGAAGAGUUUUUGGAUCCAAUUAUGUCCACGUUAAUGACCGACCCAGUAAUACUGCCUAGCUCGAAGGUGACAGUGGAUCGUUCGACCAUAGCUCGACAUCUGCUCAGCGAUCAAACUGAUCCUUUCAAUCGCGCUCCGCUCACAAUGGACAAGGUACAGCCAAAUAAUGAACUCAAGCAGGAAAUCGAAAUGUGGAUAGCGGAAAAACGCAACAGUGCAAACGCGCCGAAAAGUUGAAGUUGUACGCGGGGUAGAAAAUAACCAAAGAUGUUAAUACGCAGUUGUAGUGGUGCGAUAAUAAUGGUUAGUACAUACAUAUGUAUAUGUAUAAGUAUUUGAAAAAGUGUAGCUGUAUCUGCGAUGCAACAAAAAAAAUGUAUGUACAUUUCGUCUUUAUCAAUGCAAACGACAAAGUUGAAAUUUUACAGAAAAAACAAAAAGCUUAUUUUAGUUACGCGAAUAAAUAUGUAUCAAUUUUUUUAAAUUUGGUUUUGUAUUUUAAUAAGAAGGUGCAUCUGGGAGAAAGCUAAAGGAAUAUUUACAUACAAUAUGCAAAGAACACAUUUCUAAACAAAAAAAAUCAAUUAGUACAUUUAGCAUUGAUGCUGACGAUGUGUCCGCAAGAUGUUGACAACUAUAAAAUGAGCGAAACUUAAAAUGUUUUACACACCAAAAGCGUCAAAUUCCACCA